CGCAACUAUUGCUGCCAUCACCCCCAGUCAUGUGGGCGAGCCAACUAUCGGCCACGGAGCUGGUUGCUUAACCUGGAUCACAGAUACUGCGGAGGGCAAAACUCUCGUCCUAGUCAGUACAAUAGGGGAGUUGGUGCUGGAAGGACCUCUCGUUGGGCUUGGAUACCUUGGUGACGAAGCAAAGACAGCAGCAGCCUUUAUCGAACGACCAUCCUGGCUUAGUGCUGUUGGGCAAAAUUGUAGAGGUCCUUUCUAUAGAACCGGCGACCUUAGAUUGAUAGCUUUAUGGCUCGUUAUGAACGCACACGCCAGUCAGCAUCUUUAUUUCCACAAACCGGUCCCUUUGCGAAUAAGCUGGUGGGAGUGUUCGAUAUUCAUGGCUUCCAACCAAGCAAAACUGCAGCUAUUAUCCAGUUGAUUGAUUCAGAGGCUGAUCCGAAUGUUGCACAGCACAUUCAGGACCUGGAAGAUCUGCUAGGAGACCGUUUGCCGCCAUAUAUGGUCCCUUCUAUCUGGGUACCACUCAAGGAUCUGCCUCUCACCGCUUCGGGAAAGCUCAAUCGACAUCUCUUGGAAGACUGGUUAUCUAAUCUAGACUCGCAAAGUGUUGCCGAAAUUAACAAUACGCGUCAUCCUUCCACGACUGUCGGGCCUAAGACACGCAAACAACUUGUCCUACGCAACGCCUGCAGUGAUAUUCUGAACUCAUCGCCGGCCGAGAUUGAUAUAGAGCGCUCAUAUGUUUGCAAAUGGCGGGGAUUCAAUUUCAGCAAUGCGUCUGUCGUCUUACUGCCGUACUUUAGGCCUGACACUCUCAGUCCCUAGCCUACUGAAGUGCAAGUCCCUAAGGAUUGUGGCAGAACCUGCCUCGAUGGAUGCCGCAAUACCUCUCUUGAGAUAUACCGAAGUUUUUAACGAGGCAUUCAAUCUAGCGCUAAUUCAGAGGUGGUUCUUUAAUCAAGCGCCGCGUGAGGAACAUCUCGACGAAAGACAUUACUACAACCAAGGCUUCUAUGUCAAGAUAAGUCGCUUUAUGUCUCCUGACAGACUCUCUAUCGCUAUGCGCAAACUUGUUCAACACCAUUCCAUGCUUCGUGCACGCUUCACGGCAUCUAAGGGUGGCUGGACGCAAAGCGUUCUUCGGGUAGAAGAAGCUAUGGUUAGUUUUAAAUUUAUAGAUGCUUAGAGCUUAUAUCAGAUCAAAUCGAAUGCUAGAGAGCUCCAUCGAAGCCUGAACUUUAAGCGGGCC